AUGGUGAUAUGUGGGCCUGUAGGCUUUUUGCCAGAUGCGCAAGAUUCUUCAAGCGUCAUGUCCAUUGUUGCUGCCCAGCGCGAUCGCUUUCGGAGCAAAAAUUUGCAGCUCGAAGGGGAGAUACGCCAUUUGGAAACGCUCAACAAGCAACUGCGGGAUGAAGUGGAUGGCCUGCGCUCCGAUAACAUCAAGCUCUACGAACGGAUCAAGUUUAUCGAAACAUACAACGAUUCAAGCCGGCGAGGUGGCGAUGAGGUGCUGGCACGCUAUGCCGACGGCUAUGAGGAAGGCCUUAGCCCCUUUCAGCAGUUUAGCACCAACGAGCGACAGCGCAAGCUGACCACUAUGCACCCAGCAGACAAAGUCUUGUACUCAGUGGGUCGAUUGGUAUUGGGGAACAAGAUUGCUCGUCUGGGCUUUCUGGGCUACAUCGUCAUCUUGCACUUUUUGACGUUUUUCGUCCUCUACAAGUAUUCCCAUUCUCAAAUGGCUGACAUGGACUUGGCACAUCGCUGCCAGCAAAUGGUCCCCCUGCCCCGAGCGGCGCAGGACCACAUCAAUUUUGACAGCGCUGGUCUGGAAAAUGCAUAA